UUCAAUAGUGAGAGGGUUCUUUUGGCAUUCUCAGAGCUACAGCGGUAUAGAAGAGGCUGACGGGAGCAGCCACUGGACCCGUGUGGACGCCUCAGUGACCGCUUGAACAUUUCUGUGCCCACAUGAGAGAAUGCUGUCAGGACUGGCUCUUCUGCUGCUCGUCUGCCUCCACAUGCGUGUGCAGGGGAAGCUGCGGUCACAGAGUCUAGGAUGCGAUGAGUAUCUCGGAUCAGGAAGGGUGGUGGACAAGUGUGGCGUGUGUGGAGGUGACAACACAACCUGUACCCUGGUUUCAGGAGUGUUCAAACAUAGUUUAUCCAAAAUCGGCUAUCACAAGAUAGUGGAGAUCCCAGAAGGAGCCACCAAGAUCAAUGUUACUGAGAUGGUGAAGAGCAGAAACUACCUAGCUUUGCGAAGCCGAUCAGGGCGAUCAAUCAUUAACGGAAACUGGGCAAUUGACCGGCCAGGAAAGUAUGAGGGUGCAGGGACCAUGUUCACCUACCGCCGACCCAAUGAAAUCAGUAGCACAGCUGGGGAAUCCUUUCUCGCUGAAGGCCCCACAAAUGAGAUUCUGGAUGUUUAUAUGAUCUUCCAGCAGCCAAAUCCUGGUGUUCACUAUGAGUACAUUCUCCCAUCUGAGAAGCUCGUGAGCCCUCAGCAACCAAGCCGCAGGCCAGGAGGGAAUGCUGUGAAUGGACAGGAUGGAUACGACCAGCAGAAUCAUCAGGAAAACUUUAAUUCAGCUGGCAGUGGAAGAUAUUCGCCUCCUCCCACUGAAAACCAGGUACCCUCCGUACAGCCACCCAGACGUGAGAGAGAAUACAACUGGAAACUGACUGGAGCUACAGAGUGCAGUGCUUCCUGUGGUAAAGGUUUCAGAUAUUCCAUCUUUCACUGUGUCAACCGGCUGACUCAGGUCCAGGUAUCGGACUCUUUGUGUGACAGCAGCAGCCGACCAAGUCCACAGGAAGAGGCCUGCAACCUGCAGCCCUGCCCAGCAUUCUGGGAUAUUGGAGAAUGGUCAGAGUGCAGCAAAACCUGCGGUCUGGGCAUGCAGCAUCGGCAGGUCUUGUGUCGCCAGGUUUACGCCAACCGCACCCUCAAUGUCCACACAAGCCGCUGUCGACACCUGGAGCGGCCUGAAACUGCCAGUACCUGCCAGCUAAAGAUCUGCAGUGAGUGGCAGAUUCGCUCAGAGUGGACUUCUUGCUCUGUGCCAUGUGGGCUGGGUCAGAGGUCACGAGAGGUACACUGUGUCAGCAAUGUGGGCGACUUUGUUCCUGAUGAGGAGUGCAACAUGAAUCUGCGGCCCAAUGAUGCGGAGAACUGUGAUAUGGGAGCUUGUGCCAAGAGCUGGUUCUACACUGAGUGGGGCAACAGGUGCUCAGCUGAAUGUGGCAUGGGUGUACGAACACGGGGAGUUCUCUGCCUGACCAACCAAAUCAGCAGUCUCCCUCUGGAAGGAUGUGGCAGCGAACGGCCCGCAGACUCUCAAGUCUGCAACAACGGUCCCUGUGAGAAUCGAAUUGAGUGGUUCACAGGACCCUGGAGCCAGUGCUCUGCAGAGUGUGGCACCGGCACCCAGCAGAGGUCAGUGGUGUGUUUGAUGAAGUCAAAUGAAGGAUUCACUGUCAUGCCACCGUAUGAGUGCUCAUCCCUGGACAAACCUCUCAGGCAGCAGAGCUGUAGCCUCAAGGCCUGUGGAGCAAAGUGGUACCACACUGACUGGAGUGCUUGCUCCAAAACAUGUGAAGGAGGUUUCCGUGUGAGAGAGGUGCGCUGUCUGUCUGAUGACAUGCUGUCCAGUGAGGGCUGCGAUGUGCAGUUGAAACCAGAAGAGAAGGAGGACUGCAACCCAGGGCCCUGCAUACCUCAGAUAGAUGAGAACUGCAGAGACAAAUACUUCAACUGCAAUGUGGUGGUCCAGGCUCGCCUCUGCGUGUAUGAUUACUACAAGACAACAUGCUGUGCUUCAUGUUCCCGGGUGGCCCACAAACAGUCGACCUAUCGCCGACAAAGCUAGCGCUCUCUACCAGGGUCACUCCGCUCCAUGGUGGUCCAGAGUCAGUACCCCCUGGAGGCCCUCUGGUCCUGUGGCAGCUGGGAAGAAUAGACUGGCUGGACCUUGCCUAAAAUAGGCACUUGUUGUUUUUGCCAACUGUGGAAAGUGAAGAAGGGACAUUUUUGUUGGUUUAUUUGAAGACAGCUGUUAUGAGGGGAAAAAUGGUGUGUGCCAAGAAUCCACUCACUGCAGAUGUCAGCUGGGGUGAGAGGCAUCAGUAUCAAAGUGGAGAAUCCAAAACACUUAAAGGAUUUGAUCUGUGUCUUAUUCAAAGAAUCCCUCUUCUUUGCUUCAGUGGGAACAGUUUGCAGGUACUGUUUACCGACAAUGGCUCUUGUGGAUUACUUAUGAAGAGGAGAGCACGAGCUGACUGUGUAACAUGGACCAUAUAUGGUUACACAGCAGAACUCAGCUUUAUGGCAGUUAAUGUAAUCGCACAUGUUAUCAGUUAUUUCGCAUCCACUGCUGACCAAAGAUAUGUAACCUCACCAAACUGCCGACAGUAGCAGAUCACCACCUUUUCCUGAAAAACAAAUACUGUGCACCUUCCCUGCUGCCGAUUGCAUAUAUUUGACUGUUUUCUGGCAAACCAUGUCUUUUUCUCCCUACACAGCUACGAGGUCCAAAAGCAGCCUAUGUAAUAUGUAUGUAUAAAUGUAUGUAUGACAAUGUGAAUGAUAAAAAAUGGUUUUCAGGCUUCUUGGACAGCCCAACACUCUGCCAGUAACUGAAGAGAAAGAAAAAUCUCCCUCUUUAUUUAUUUGUGUGGUUCCCUGUUGUUACAUGACCUACCCGUGGCCUCUUUUUAGCUGUGGUGAUACAACUUUUGUUGCCUUUAAACUAGUCACAACUUUGAACUCGGUGUAGGCAUUUCACAGCCUGCCGGAUGACAGAAGCAGAUAAUCAGAAAACUUUCGCAUUUUUGGAGAGUUGAAACUAACUGUACAUAUUUCUUUAUUUCUAGUGGGAUAUGAUCAUUCCACACUGUGUAAUUCCUAUGAAAAAAAAUAUACUGAAUUAUCUAUAAUAUAUUAUUUACAUUUGACUCUAAAGAGAAAUCAUUUCAGUGUUUUACAGUUCUUGAUAUGGUGAUACAUACAUCUGGUUUGCAUUUAUAGUAAAUCCUUAUUAGUGACCAAUCUUUUUCUACCAUAAAACAGCCAUUUUCAGUUUUGUACAAAAGUGCACACAGUACCUCUGAAAUGCUCAGCUCUUGUUGUAAAAGCUAUUAUUGUUUCCCUCCAAGAAAGAUUAACUUACCUCUGAUUCAUAAGUACUGUAUCCAUCUGAUAUUUUGCAGAUAUUUUCCUCUAUCAGAGAAAUAACUACUUUGAAGUGCCAACAUGAUGGCACGAUUUUGAAUUUUAAUCUUAAUUCAAUCAUGAAACAACUGAAUUAAGUAUUCAAUAUAUGACUGCAACUAAUAAAACAUCUGUAUUUGCUUUAUUUUAGAUCCCAGCUGUUCCUAUGUUAAUUUUCAUGAGGAAAUUUUCUCUAACAGACAGUAGAUUUUUCAGCAGCUUUUCCUUUUGAAUCAGUUUCACAUCACAUUGUCAUUCUUUUUUUUGCAGCAGUUAGAGUUUGGCAUGUAGACCCU